UUCACCUCUCCACGUCUCCACGCCGUCGUCGUCGACCUCACCGGCGGCUGCCUCCCUACCCCCACCUACUCCGGCGGCGGCGCGGCGGAGAAGCACAUCACAUCAUGGCUCCUCCUCCGCACUCGGACUCUGACCUGCUCAAGCCGAGAGACGUCUGCAUCGUGGGCGUCGCCCGCACGCCCAUCGGCGCCCUGCUCGGCUCCCUCUCCUCCCUCCCCGCCACCAAGCUCGGCUCCGUCGCCAUCCAGGCCGCUCUCAGGAGAGCAAAUGUGGAGCCGGCGCUCGUGCAGGAGGUCUUCAUGGGGAACGUUCUCAGCGCCAACCUUGGCCAAGCCCCGGCGAGGCAAGCCGCCCUAGGCGCCGGCUUGCCCGACACUGUGCCCUGCACCACCGUCAACAAAGUUUGCUCCUCGGGGAUGAAGGCUGUCAUGCUUGCGGCGCAGACUAUUCAGCUUGGGAUGCAUGAUGUUGUUGUCGCUGGUGGGAUGGAGAGCAUGUCCAAUGCCCCCAAAUAUGUCGCGGCAGCAAGACGGGGGUCACGGUUUGGGCACGACGUCCUCAUCGAUGGGAUGCUCAAGGAUGGGCUGUGGGAUGUGUAUAAUGAUUUCCCAAUGGGAAUGUGUGCCGAGUUGUGUGCGGAUCAACACUCCAUUUCAAGGGAGGAGCAGGAUCUUUAUGCUAUCCAGAGCAAUGAACGUGCAAUAGCAGCUCGUGAUAGCGGCACAUUUUCUUGGGAAAUUGCUCCGGUUGAAAUUUCUUCCGGUAGAGGGAAACCACCACUUAUUGUUGACAAGGAUGAGAGUCUUGCAAAGUUCAAUUCAGCGAAGCUGAGGAAACUUGGGCCGACUUUCAAGAAGAAUGGUUCUGUAACUGCCGGCAAUUCUUCUAGUAUAAGUGAUGGUGCUGCUGCAAUCGUGCUAGUCAGUGGACAGAAAGCCAAGAGUCUUGGCCUUCAAGUUAUUGCAAGGAUCAGAGGGUAUGCGGAUGCUGCUCAGGCACCUGAAUUAUUUACAACUACUCCAGCUCUUGCUAUUCCAAAGGCUGUAUCAAAUGCGGGUCUCCAAACUUCACAAAUAGAUUAUUAUGAGAUAAACGAAGCUUUCUCCGUCGUUGCUUUAGCCAACCAGAAGCUUCUUGGUAUUCCUUCGGGAAAGCUUAACCUAAGUGGUGGUGGUGUUUCUCUGGGCCAUCCUAUUGGUUGCAGUGGUGCGAGAAUCAUAGUCACUUUGCUCGGGAUUCUUAGACAUAAAAAUGGAAAGAUUGGGGUUGCUGGAGUUUGCAAUGGAGGUGGUGGUGCUUCUGCCCUUGUUGUGGAACUCAUGCAACCAUCACUAUUUACACGUUCCUCGUUGUGAAGUUGGCGCGAGCAAAAAUAGCACAAAGCUGAACUGUAAAGUACAGUAGCUCUAUGUUUUCAUCUUAUAUUACUUAAUUUUACUGGGCGUUCAUCCAUGAUGUACAAUGAUAGAAGGAACGUUGUAAAAAUAAGAUGGCUGUGCACUACCGCACGAGUCUUGUAUAACUUGUAUAGCGGCCAUAGCAAUAAUAAGGGAAAAGAAGGCCAGAGGAAUACUUUGCAUUCUCUU